GGAGCGGCAGUUGAAUGGGGCAGUUGGAGAGGAGGGCUCCGGGCAGGUGGGACGCGAGGAGCCAGAGCAGAGGUGCGUGGAGAGGUGGGCAGCAGGCUCCGAGCCCCAUGGCUUCUGAUUGGUCCCUCCUCCUCUGCUUGCAGCCCUGAGGACCAGCGUGCUCCCUGCUCAGUGUGAACGCAUCCCUAGACCAAGCGCCCAGGGCUCCAGACUUCCUUCAGGAUGGUGGGUGAUGGCCCCUACCUUAUCUCAGAUCUGGACCGGCGGGGCCAGCGGAGAUCCUUUUCAGAGAGAUAUGACCCCAGCCUGAAGACCAUGAUUCCUGUGCGACCCUAUGCCAGGUUGGCAUCUAACCCGGUGGACGACGCGGGGCUGCUGUCCUUCGCCACCUUCUCCUGGCUCACGCCGGUGAUGGUCAGGGGCUACAAUCACACCUUGACCGCGGACACCCUGCCCCCGCUGUCGCCCUACGACUCAUCCGACACCAACGCCAAAAGAUUUCGAAUCCUUUGGGAUGAAGAAGUGGAGCAGGUGGGCCCCCAGAAGGCCUCUCUGGGCCGAGUGGUCUGGAAGUUCCAGAGGACACGCGUGCUGAUGGACGUUGUGGCCAACAUCCUGUGCAUCAUCAUGGCGGCCAUAGGGCCGACAGUUCUCAUUCACCAAAUCCUCCAGCACACUGAGAGCAGCUCUGGGGAAGUCUGGGUUGGCAUUAGCCUGUGCCUAGCCCUUUUUGCCACUGAGUUUACCAAGGUCCUCUUUUGGGCCCUGGCCUGGGCCAUCAACUACCGCACAGCGAUCCGGUUGAAGGUGGCCGUCUCCACCCUGGUUUUUGAAAACCUGCUGUCCUUCAAGACACUGGCACACUUCUCUGUUGGCGAGGUGCUCAAUAUACUAUCAAGUGAUAGCUAUUCCUUGUUUGAAGCUGCCUUGUUUUGUCCCCUGCCAGCCACCAUCCCUAUCCUAAUGGUCGUUUGCGCAGUGUAUGCCUUUUUCAUUCUGGGGCCCACAGCUCUCAUCGGGAUAUCUGUGUACGUCAUAUUCAUCCCCAUCCAGAUGUUUAUGGCUAAGCUUAAUUCUGCUUUCCGAAGAUCAGCGAUUUCAGUGACAGACAAGCGCGUUCAGACAAUGAAUGAGUUUCUGACCUGCAUCAAGCUGAUUAAAAUGUAUGCCUGGGAGAAAUCUUUUACAAACACGAUUCGAGAUAUAAGAAAGAGGGAAAGGAAAUUACUGGAAAAGGCUGGAUUUGUCCAAAGUGGGAACUCGGCCCUGGCCCCCAUCGCGUCCACCAUAGCCAUCGUACUGACCUUCACCAGCCACAUCCUCCUGAGACGCAAGCUCACCGCCCCUGUGGCGUUUAGCGUGAUUGCCAUGUUUAACGUAAUGAAGUUUUCCAUUGCAAUCUUGCCUUUCUCGGUCAAAGCAGUGGCCGAAGCCAAUGUCUCUCUAAGGAGAAUGAAGAAAAUCCUCAUAGCUAAGAGCCCCCCAUCUUACAUCACCCAACCAGAAGACCCAGAUACUGUCUUGCUUUUAGCAAAUGCCACCUUGACAUGGGACCAAGAAGACAGCUGGAAAAGUGACCCAAAGAAAGCGCAGAGCCAGAAAAGGCACUUUCGCCAGGAGCAGAGGCCAGAGGCAUGCCAGGAGUGGAGCCCCUCAGCCCAGGCCCUCUCUGGUUCGGAGGAGCAGAGUGGCAGCCCCAAAUCAGUGCUGCACAACAUCAGCUUUGUGCUGAGAAAGGGGCAGGUCUUGGGAAUAUGCGGGAAUGUGGGCAGUGGGAAGAGCUCCCUCAUUGCAGCCCUCCUAGGACAGAUGCAGCUACAGAAAGGGAUUGUGGCUGUCAAUGGAACUUUGGCCUAUGUUUCGCAGCAGGCCUGGAUCUUUCAUGGGAGUGUGAGAGAGAACAUACUAUUUGGAGAAAAGUACGAUUCACAAAGGUAUCAGCACACAGUUCGUGUCUGUGGCCUUCAAAAGGACUUGAGCAGCCUCCCUUACGGAGACCUGACGGAGAUCGGGGAGCGCGGCCUCAACCUCUCUGGGGGGCAGAGGCAGAGGAUCAGCCUGGCGCGCGCCGUCUACUCCAACCGUCAGCUCUACCUGCUGGAUGACCCCCUGUCAGCUGUGGACGCCCACGUGGGCAGGCAUGUCUUCCAGGAGUGCAUCAGGAAGACGCUCAGGGGGAGGACGGUUGUCCUGGUGACCCACCAGCUGCAGUUCUUGGAGUCUUGUGAUGAGGUCAUUUUGCUGGAAGACGGAGAGAUCUGUGAGAAGGGCACCCACAAGGAGCUGAUGGAGGAGCGAGGGUGCUAUGCCAAGCUCGUCCACAACCUUCGAGGCUUACAGUUUAAGGACCCCGAACACAUCUACAACGCAGCCAUGUUGGAAGCCCUCAAGGAGAGCCCCGCAGAGAGGAGCCAGGAGACUGUGUUGGCUCCAGGAGAGGAGAAAGAUGAAGGGAGAGAAUCUGAAACAGCCCCGGAAUUUGUCGACGUGAAAGUGCCUGCACACCAGCUGGUCCAGACGGAAUCCCCCCGGGAAGGCACGGUGACCUGGAGAACGUACCACACAUACGUUAAGGCUUCUGGAGGGUACCUGCUCUCUCUCUUCGCGGUGUCUCUCUUCCUCCUCAUGAUCGGCAGCUCUGCCUUCAGCAACUGGUGGCUGGGUUUCUGGUUAGACAAAGGCUCCCAGGUGACCUGCGGCUCCCAGGGCAACAAGAGCGUGUGUGAGGUGGGCGAGGUCCUGGCAGACAUGGGGCAGCACAUGUACCAGUGGGUGUACGCGGCCAGCAUGGGGGCCGUGCUGUCCUUCGGCAUCGCCAAAGGCUUCACCUUCACCAAGACCACGCUGAUGGCAUCUUCCUCACUGCACGACAGAGUGUUUGACAAGAUCUUAAAGAGCCCAAUGAGCUUCUUCGACACGACUCCCACCGGCAGGCUGAUGAACCGCUUUUCCAAAGACAUGGACGAGCUGGACGUGAGGCUGCCGUUCCAUGCAGAGAACUUCCUGCAGCAGUUCUUCAUGGUGCUGUUUAUUCUCGUGAUCCUGGCGGCUGUGUUUCCUGCCGUCCUGCUGGUGGUGGCCGGCCUUGCCGUCGGCUUCUUCAUGCUCCUACGCGUCUUCCACCGAGGUGUCCAGGAGCUCAAGAAGGUGGAGAACAUCAGCCGGUCGCCCUGGUUCUCUCACAUCACCUCCUGCAUGCAGGGCCUUGGGGUCAUCCACGCCUACGGCAAGGAGGAGGACUGCAUCAGCAAGUUUAAGAUGCUGAAUGACGAAAACUCCAGCCACCUCCUGUACUUUAACUGUGCCCUACGCUGGUUUGCUCUAAGGAUGGACGUCCUCAUGAACGUUGUCACCUUCAUUGUGGCUUUGUUGGUGACGCUGAGUUUCUCUUCCAUCAGCGCUUCGUCCAAAGGCUUGUCCUUGUCUUACAUCAUCCAGCUCAGCGGGCUGCUGCAAGUGUGUGUGCGCACGGGAACCGAGACCCAAGCCAAAUUCACCUCUGUGGAGCUGCUAAGGGAAUACAUCUCGACCUGCAUUCCUGAGCGCACUCAUCCUCUCAAAGUAGGGCCCUGUCCCAAGGACUGGCCCAGCCGUGGGGAGAUAACCUUCAAAGACUACCAGAUGCGGUACAGAGACAACACGCCCCUGGUCCUCAGUGGGCUGAACUUGAACAUUGAGAGCGGGCAGACGGUCGGCAUUGUCGGGAGGACGGGCUCUGGGAAGUCGUCGCUAGGAAUGGCGCUGUUUCGCCUGGUGGAGCCCGCGGGGGGCACCAUCUUCAUUGACGGAGUGGACAUCUGCACCGUGGGCUUGGAGGACCUCAGAACCAAGCUGACUGCGAUCCCCCAGGAUCCUGUCCUGUUUGUAGGUACAGUAAGGUAUAACUUGGACCCCUUUGGAAGUCAUGCCGACGAGAUGCUCUGGCAGGUUCUAGAGAGAACAUUCAUGAGAGACACAAUAAUGAAACUCCCGGAAAAAUUACAGGCAGAAGUCACAGAAAAUGGGGAAAACUUCUCAGUAGGGGAACGCCAGCUGCUUUGUAUGGCCCGAGCGCUUCUCCGUAAUUCAAAAAUCAUUCUGCUGGAUGAAGCCACUGCGUCCAUGGACUCCAAGACGGACACCCUGGUCCAGAGCACCAUCAAGGACGCCUUCAAAGGCUGCACCGUGCUGACCAUCGCCCACCGCCUGAACACCGUCCUCAACUGCGACCAAGUCCUGGUCAUGGAAAAUGGGAAGGUGAUUGAGUUUGACAAGCCCGAAGUCCUUGCUGAGAAGCCAGAUUCUGCCUUUGCAAUGUUGCUAGCAGCAGAAGUCCAACUGUAGACAUCCUGGCAGCCCCACUGAGAGGAGGAGGAGGAGGCUGUGUGAGAUGAGCAGGCUGAGUGCUGCAGGAGCAGAGGCCAUCACCUCAGCAGGCCGCAUCUCCCACCAUGGGGUACAGGCUGAGCAGGGCCCACAGUGCUGUCCCCUGCCUUGCCCAGUCCGUGCCACCUCCCCUCCCUUGGUAGGCUUGGGCUGGUUCUGGGUGGUGAAAAGAGGAGCAUGAAGCUAGCGGAUUAAAAAAAAAACAAACUGGCCCUCACCUCCCAGCACCCCAAGGGUCCCUCAUGUGUCCCCAGCCAGUACCACCCCAGUUCCCAAGAAUGGAAACACUGUGACUUUCCACUGAGAGCCGGUCAGAGAAAACGGAACUGGAAAAAUGCCCAAGGAUGGAGCCUGCAAGGAUGCCCUGGCCUCGCUCCCCGACGGGAGAAGAGCAGAAUUCUGUUUAACUCCUGCAAACUUCUGUCUUGACUCCGUGACAGGCAGUAACCACCAGAUCCGCAGCCUGAAAGAUUGAUUACAGUGUUGGGCGAAAAAAUGUUUUUCUAAAAAAAAAUCAUCUUGUAUGUUUCAAUUGGUGUGUUAGGAUAACCAGGAAAACAAAAUGCUGGAGUUGCUCUAUAAAUGACAUUUUUAUAUUGUCUUUAUCGGUCAUUAAAAUGCAAUAGGAAAUUAAACUA